UCAAGAAAUAUGAAGUCUUCACCCUUUAACAUGAUUUUAGCAAUAGCAUUUCUACUUAGUCUAAUGGCAACUGCUGCUGCUGCUUCUGCUUCUGCUAAUCCAAGAUGCAAUCCCACCACCUACGAACCUGGCAGCGACUUAGAAGCCAACGUCUUCACAGUUCUUGAGAGCAUACGCACCGCAACGGCCAGUACCCCUGACCGUACUUAUACGAUACAGCUGCCUCAUGUAUUUGGUGCUUCUAUGUGCAUCUCCGAUAUUGACGUUGGAGAUUGCAUCUCGUGCAUCAAUGAUUCUGUCGAUGCCGUUAAGGACCAAUGCGAUCGUUCCAUUGCAGCAACCAUCUCUGCGGGUGAUUGUGGCAUGUUCUAUAAUGUUCAGUAGAGAACUGCUGCAGAUUUCUUUUAUGUGAUCGUGUUCAUGUUUGUGAUGUGUGUUAUGUGUCACUUUCUUUGUUUUGUGCUUGUACGAUUUGUGUUUCAUGGUUCAUGUACCAUCUCAUGUAUGUUUAGUCCGUGAUUUUGGUUGGAAAUAAAUAAUAGUUGU